UUUUCUCCGUAUAUAUGUUUCAGCUUUACUGCGCAAGUCUUCACUUUCUCUGCAGCUUCACCACCUCAGGUCCACUCUACCAAACGCUACAGACAUGUCUACCAAGGUCGCCAUAGUAACAGGCAGUAACAAGGGCAUCGGGCUGGCCAUUGUCCGAGCGCUCUGCCAGCAGCAGUACCAGGGAGACGUCUACCUGACCGCCAGAGACGUCGGUCGUGGAGAGGAGGCGGUGAAAGCUCUGGCCGCUGACGGACUGACGGCCAAGUUCCAUCAGCUGGACAUCAACGACGUGAACAGCAUCGUCGCCGCCGCCGGCUUCUUCAAAAAGGCGUACGGAGGAGUGGACGUGCUCGUCAACAACGCUGCCAUCGCUUUCAAAGACGCAGACCCCACUCCGUUCCCAGUCCAGGCCGAGGUGACCCUCAAGACAAACUUCUUCGCCACCCGAGACAUGCUGACUCACUUUCUGCCGCUCAUCAAAGCUGGAGGCCGCGUGGUGAACAUCUCCAGCUUCGUUGGAGCCCGCACGUUGAAUAAGCUCAGCCCCGCCCUGCAGCAGCGUUUCCGCAGCAGUGACAUCACGGAGGAGGAGCUGUCCGGGCUCAUGCAGCAGUUCGUGGAUCUGGCUCAGAAGGGCGAGCACGAGAAGGGGGGCUGGGCCAACACGGCGUACGGGACGUCCAAGACCGGACUCACGGUCCUGUCGAUGAUCCACGCUCGCCGUGUGACGAAGGAGAGACCUCACGACGGGAUCCUGGUGAACGCCUGCUGCCCCGGCUGGGUUCGCACCGACAUGGCCGGCCAAAAAGCCCCCAAGUCCCCGGAGGAGGGGGCCAUCACUCCGGUGUAUCUGGCCCUGCUGCCGGCCGGGGCCACGGACCCCCACGGGAAGUUCGUCUCCGAUAAAGAAGUUCAGCCGUGGUGAAGGGCUGUGGCGGUGUGGCUGUGUGGCUGUGUGGCUGUGUGUGUGUGUGUGUGUGUGUGUGUGUGUGUGUGUCACAGAGGGGAAGUUUUCAUUUGUUACAGCAAAGAAAGAGCCAAACACAGCUUAAUGUAACAAAAAGAUAUACAACAAUUACACGAUUUUACAGAGACACAAAGAAACCGUUCUGCGGUCUAUCAGCCAGGUACAUUUGUUAUAACUGUGUGUGUAUAUCAGUGUUUUAAUUGAUAGGAAAAUAAAUCCAGCUGUUUUUGUUUUGCCAUUUAUAAUUCAUGUUAUUUGAGUCUACUUUUAUUUGCGGAAAGAAAAGCCGAUUUUGAGAUUUGUAUCAUGACUGAGUUUACUACAAAUGAACCUAAAACAACGACUCCAUCGUCCAAGGCAGCAGAAAUACCUGACGACUAUUUGAAAAAGAUGACACAAGCGUCACACAAUGUGGGAAAAAAACACUCUUGAUACACACAACUUCUCAGUUAGGUGUGUGUGUGUGUGUGUGUGUGUGUGUGUGUGUGUGUGUGUGUGUGUGUGUGUGUGUGUGUGUGUGUGUGUGUGUGUGUGUGUGUGUGUGUGUGUGUGUGUGUGUGUGUGUGUGUGUGUGUGUGUGUGUGUGUGUGUGUGUGUGUGUGUGUGUGUGUGUGUGUGUGUGUGUGUGUGUGUGUGUGUGUGUGUGUGUGUGUGUGUGUGUGUGUCUCUGUGGCUGUGGCUUACACAACAAUAAUAAGGCCUCUAUCUGCAACUGCUGGUGUCUACUCCAUGUCAUCAUUUGCCUUCUUUAACAUUUUUAUACAUUUACAUGCAAAGAAGAACUCUUGCCUUCAUCGGAAAAAGCUUAAAUGUUGUGUUAAGAAUAAAAAGCUUUUCUGAAA